UCUAGUUAUAGAGUUCAAUGCAAGUCGCUCAUGAACAUGGGGUUGCAGUAAUGGCGGCGCCCUAUGCACAUUCGUACGCGUGAUAAAAAAAAAGUCGGUAUUACAAUAUUGUAACGUUCCACAUUUAUCUAUUACAACGUAGGUCCGGAAGACGGCAAAACCCCUUGUUCUUCAUGAGUGAACGCCCAGAGAACAGAAACCGGACAAAUUAACGUUAAAAGAGAGGGCAACUGUAAGGCAGACAGCUACAGCUGAGUAAAUAGACUACCUUUCGCAAAGCAUUGCGUCGUCUCCAUACUAACGUUACUUUGUUGUUUGUUAACAAGCAAGAUGUUGUGUAUCGGAAGGAGCAUAUACUUUUACGCUACCAUAAAAUAGAGAGCUACAAUAGUAGCUGACUUGCGACGUAGCCUAUUUGUAGGCUAAUGUCACGUUACAGCCUAUAUCUGUUUUUCAAUUAACCUAGAACAGGGGUCGGCAACCCUGGUCCUGGAGAGCCGCAGGGUGUGCUGGCUUUCGUCUCCACCUUAAAAUAAGCAAGCGACUCAGACCCAAGAAACCAGGUGAGCUGUUUCUCAUGUUGCUACGGAAGCUCCUGUUGAGACCCAAUCGGCCACAAUUCCCAAUCUGUAGGACAGCAUGUGAUUUCCCUCUGAAGAAGUAUGAUGUCAUUGUGGUGGGUGGAGGUCAUGCUGGGACAGAGGCGGCUGCAGCAGCGGCCCGGGUCGGGGCAGAGACUCUGCUUAUUACUCAGAAAAUCCAAACCAUAGGAGCUUUGUCCUGUAACCCGUCCUUGGGUGGAGUGGGGAAGGGGCAGCUGGUCCGUGAGGUGGACUCUUUAGAUGGGCUUUGUGGCCGUGCAGGGGACUGGGCUGGGUUCCACUUCUCCAUUCUGAAUCGCAGAAAGGGUCCUGCAGUCUGGGGCCCCCGGGCCCAACUGGAUCGAGAACGAUACAGACAGUUCAUCCAGGCAGAGCUACUUGCCACACCCAGAUUGACAGUGCUGGAGGGUUCAGUGGAGGACCUGCUAGUUUCAGACCCUAACCCACAUCAGCCUGGUCAACACAGAGUCACAGGAAUCCGCUUAGCGGAUGAUGGGCAGCCUGUCUCCUCCAGCUCUAUAGUUUUGACCACCGGCACCUUCCUCUCUGGCUCCCUCUUCUUGGGCCAAACCACUUCUCCAGGGGGGAGAAUUGGGGACCCCCCUUCCUGUGCUGGCCUCUCCCACAGCUUGAGGGAGAAAAUGGGCUUGAGGACUGGGAGGCUGAGAACUGGAACUCCACCCCGCAUUGUUAAGAAGACAGUUGAGCUCUCUCUUGCAGAGAUUCGUCCCCCUGACAAACAGCCCACUCCAUUCAGCUUCCUCAACAAACAAACACAUUGCAAGCCAGAGGAGCAGCUGCCCUGUUACCUCACCUACACCACUCCUGGAGUGGAGAGAAUAGUGAAGGAGAGUGUGCACCUCAACUGUCAUAUACAGCAGGACACCAAGGGCCCCAGGUACUGCCCCUCCAUCGAAUCACGGGUGCAGCGGUUUCCAGGAAGGUCACACCAGGUGUGGCUGGAACCCGAGGGCUUGGAGUCUGACCUGAUCUACCCCCAAGGCCUUUCCAUGACCCUGCCCCCUGACCGACAGCUCUGCCUCCUGAGAGAGAUCCCAGCUCUAAAGAGGGCAGAGAUUCAAACGCCUGGUUAUGGGGUGCAGUAUGAUUUUGUGUGCCCCAUGCAGUUGUCUCCCUCUCUGCAGGUGAAGAGAGUUCAGGGAUUGUUCUUAGCUGGACAGAUUAAUGGUACCACUGGGUACGAGGAGGCAGCCGCACAGGGCCUGUGGGCGGGCGUGAAUGCCGGUCGGACUGCUCUCUCCCUGCCUGCCCUCUCCCUCUCCCGCACGCAGAGCUACAUUGGGGUUCUGAUAGACGACCUUGUGUGCCGGGGGGUGACCGAACCAUACCGCAUGUUCACCAGCCGUGCCGAGUACAGGACCGCCCUGAGACCAGACAAUGCUGACUUGCGGCUGUCUCCCAGAGGCUUCGAGGAGAUUGGCUGUGUGUCCGAACAGCGUUACAGGGAAGCGCUGAGAGUGAGGGACAGUCUGAGGGACGCACUGAGCACCAUGCAGUCCAUCUCCAUGUCUUCCGCCAGGUGGAGGGAGAAACUGGCAGAUGUGAACGUAAGCAAAAGCAAAAGCACCGUGCUGAGCGCUCUAGAACUGCUACAGUACAACGGUGUGUCCUUUGAGAUGCUGGCCUCUGCUUUUCCAGAGUGCCUUUCAAUGUACCUGGAGUUCUCGCAGAGAUUAAAGAGUGAAGCUACAUACCUCCCCCAUUGUGAAAAGCAAAAGCAGGAGAUGGAGAGAAUAAGGGAGGAAGAGAGUCUGUCUCUACCUCUGGAUGUAGACUACUUUUCUCUUCCAAUCUCUCUCUCCCAGGAGGUCAGAGAAGUGCUGGACAAUGUUCGACCACACACUCUGGGAGCUGCCACCCGUCUACCAGGAAUGACUCCUGCUGCAAUUGUUCAUCUCCUUAAUUAUGUCCGCAAGACGGGGCAGGAGAGACACAAAGAGAGAAAUGUAAACGUAUCAAAAUGACAGCUUUUCAGGAAGGACUUAAAAAAAUGUAUAGAGAAAGACAUUUGUGCAAAAAAAUGGAGGACAUACAAACCUUUUUUUUUUUUACAAACAUAUUUACAUUUUCUUUGAUUUAUUAUUUAAAUAACUCAACAAUGAUAA